CGAACCUCGGCAAAUCGUCAGAACGUUUGACAUCUUGUUUGUGAGACACUUGUUUCUCUUUUUUCCAGGUUGAAGCGAGAAAGACGUCAAGACAGUUGAAGACUUCGGGAUGAAGAUCUUUGGACACGUCGCCUUUUUUCUCCUGGCUCUACCACUACUUACCAUUGCAAAAUCCCUGCGUGACUUGCAUGCCCUGAAGGAUUCUCCUCCUAUACCAAAGGAUGAAAAACAAAAAGAGAACUACCUUAGAGACAUGAAAGUGAAGAUGGUUGGCAAAAAGAGUGCCCGAUGCAAAAACGUGUAUAGCAAUUGCGUCUGCAAUUACUACAAGUUGGUUGACCACUGCGUCUUACCUGCCUAUAAAGCAUGGAUGUUUAAACACUGCGCAGCCACCUGUGGGGUGUGUACCGCAGACUCCAUGGCCAAAGUGUGUCGCAACACAUAUCCGGAUCAGAUGUGCACCAUGUUUGCGUCACUUGGUUUUCACAAGCAGUCAAAGAUGCAGUACUUCAUGGCGUGCAAGUGCCCCAAAGUCUGUGGAAUCUGUGACAUGGACACACCUCCAUCAGCACCAUCAAUCAUCGAUAAUACUUUGGACCAGGAAGAAUGUCUGAGGCUUCAUAAUGAGAAAAGGAGUCUUCAUGGUGCUGCAGAACUCACCUGGUGCACGAAGUGUGCGGCAUUCGCUCAAACCGUGGUACAGACACUUCAAGAUUCCGACUCUCCAUUGAUUCAUUCAAGCACAGAUCAGCUCGUAUGGCGGGUGAAUGGAAAAAUAGUCAUCCAUGGAGAAAACUUGAUGUACCAUUUCCCUGAGGUAGACUGUCAGAUGUCUGUGGAGUCCUGGUACAGAGAAAAAGACUUGUACAACCCACGUAAUCCUUUAUUCGACAUAGAGUCAUCCAGCCACUUCACGCAGAUGGUGUGGAAGGAUACACAGAGUGUGGGGUGUGCUAAGACACAGAGUUACCUCGCCUGUAUCUAUGAACCAGCAGGGAAUAUGAGGUCUAUUUACUUGUUUAGAAUGAAUGUCCAGGUAUAGAUCCGAAAAUUAAACAAUGCCCAAGUGUCGAAGUGUUAGGUUUGUUUUAUAGAAUCCCAAAUGUUCUAAAUUUCCGUGGUAGAAAAUGGCAGUAGUCAGCACAGUAUUCAAACUUAAACCCAAUAGAGAAUCUCUGGUGGCAUCUGAAGAAAGCUGUUGUGGCAUGAUGUAGAUCUCUAAGCUGGAGACCAUUGGCAGCGAUCAAUGAGCCAAAAGUCCCAAUAAGUGUGCUGCAAGAAUCUUGUGACUGGCUAUCGUCCAGUCUGCAGCAGGUUAUUGCAGCUAAAUGGUUUCGUAAAAGUGCUAAAGACAGAAACCUAUUGGGGGGGGGGGGGGUUGAAUAAUUUUGAAACAUGAUAUUUGUGUGAAAGUUGCGAUCUUGAAUGAGUAAGAAAUAAAUCUUGACUUUUGAUUUGGAAUCAGAUUGUAAUCAACUAUUUGUUCACCACACUUAUAUCAUUUAAUAGUCUGCAGUUGUAAUAUUCCUCAUUUUGCCAAAUUAGCCAAAAUGAAGGGGGUGAAUUAUUUUGCAUGCAACUGUGUUUCCAGGUUGAAAAAAAAUGAAAAAUGAAGUUGCUACAAAUAAUUUCCUAAUAUCCAAAAAUAAAAUGCAAUUGAUUUUAAAUUAGUUGGAAUAGAGAAAAUACUUAUUGGUCAUUGGUGCAUUAUAGCUGUUAUUUACUAGUGUAGUAUAGAAUCUAUAGCUUACUUUCAAUAGUAAAUAAACAUUUGCUUUGGCCCUGGGUGCGUGAUCGGUGGCUAAUAUAUUCAACUGAUUUAAUAUAUUAUGAUAUAAAUAUAUAUGAAUGUGUUUGAUUGACAAUAAACUGAAUGGUGCAUCUUAGUCUACACCAUGUGAAUUCGCUUUGAAA